AUGAAAGAAGAAAUCGGGAAGCACCUCCAGUGCUUGACCGAUUCGAAGAAGGAGAAGGAUGAAAACAAUGGUGGUGGAGUGUGGUUCGGUGGUGGCAGACCCGUCAACAGAGGAAGAGUCGUCGAGCCCGACAAUUAUCUUGGCUUCCUAGACCUCGUCGCGGGAAGGAAUCGAGGGAGUAGCUGUGAUGGUCGACAAUUUCAGGGGGUGGCACGGUUGGUUACACCAUUCAAUUACAAGGAUCUGCAUGACAUGAACGCAACACUGAAUGGUCUUCUUCUUCCUGAUGUUGGAAUUCGAGAAAUCAGCCUUGCACUCCCCGACUUCCAUGCUCGUUUUUCAGUCACCAGAAAGAUCUACCAUUACAAGAUUUAUAACGACACUGUCUUGGACCUAUUCCAUCGUCUCUAUGCUUAUCACAAUCUUUCCGAACUCAAUGUAUCUGUCAUGAAAGAAGCAGCCAAGUAUUUUGUAGGGCAACAUGAUUUUUCUUCUUUCGCCAAUAAACAACGCAAUGAUCACGUAGUCAAUCCAGUCAAGAAUAUAUCUCGAGUGGAUAUAAUCGAAAAGGGACCUAUUUUGCAGGUUGAGGUUUAAGAGGAUAUUUAGGAUUUUGCAAGUUAUGUAAUGUUUGUUUGAGGCUUAAUUGUGCAUUUAGAAAUAAUAUCUAGAUUCUAGUAACAAUAUGAUACUUAACCAUAAUGAGAGCUCAUAAAUAUUUCUCAACAAUACCCAUAUCGCCAUUAUUGAAGGUGGGAAUCGAAUAGGAGGAAGGAUUAACACUUCAGAGUUUGGUGGUGACAGAAUUGAAAUCGGUGCUACUUGGAUCCAUGGAAUUGGGGGUAGCCCAGUUCAUAAAAUAGCUCAAGAAAUCAAUUCCUUGGAAUAAGACAAGCCAUGGGAGUGUAUGGAUGGGUUUCUUGAUGACCCAAUCACCAUAGUUGAUAAUGGGUUUACGUGUUAAAUGAAGGAGAAAAGGGGUGAAUUGAGGGCUGAAACCGAGAGGGCAACAACUCUUUUCUUACUCUCGGUAUUGGUGAGUUUCAAACGGAGAAAGGGGCUGAAAGAUGAGGGAGUUUGAGAGGUUACAGUGAGGAGGAAGAUGAGAAUGAUUGCUAGCUGUAACUUCAUGAUCUCAAGCAGAUUUUUGGAAGACUUCUGUUGAUUUUUGGAGUCCUACAUAAUCUAUGGGAGAUUGCAUAAGUGCAAAGAUAAAUUUCCCUUCAAGACAUAGAUCAUGUGCUUUCCUAUACAUAUGUGAAUGUGUGUGAGGUGAGAAGAAAUCGAGAGUGAGAGAAAGAUGGGUAAAAGCUGGAUAUUCAUUUGUAUUAGUGCAUACUUCUAACAGAUUUAAUGUAUAUUUUUAGGUUUAAUAAUGUUGUUUGCAUGUGGGU